AUGAGCAAGCCUUUCCAGGGGAUAACAUUCUGCCCCACAGGGGUGGCCGACAGCGAGCUGGCGGAGCUCCAUCGGCGGGUGGUACAGUUAGGGGGGGCGUUCUCGCGGGACCUAACCGCGGAGGUGCACGUGCUCGUGGUGGGCAACCAGCAGUCUGCGAAGUAUCGGUACGUGGUGCGGCAGCGCGCAGACGUGGUGCUGGUGGAGCCGCAGGGCGUGGAGGAGGUGUACGCGCGGUGGCUAGCGGGGGAGGAGGCGCUGGGGCCGGAGGGCGAGGGCGGGCGCGAGCAGGCGCUGCGGGCGCUGCGGCGGCGGUUCCAGCCGGGGCCGUUUGGCGGGUUCUACGUUUUCAUCGGGCGGGUGGCGGGCGGACGCGUGUCGGCGGCAGAGCUGCAGCAGCUGUGCGAGAGCGGGGGGGCGCGGCGGGUGGUGACGAGCCACUUUGUGCGCGACACGGCGUCGAGCGCGCGCAGCGUGUUUGUGACGGACUGCGCGGAGGGCGCGCGGGCGGCUGCGGCGCGGGAGCAGGGUGUAGCGGUGGUGCACCCGAAGUGGGUGACGGACUGCGUGCGGCGGGGCGCGGUGGUGGAGAUGGAGGAGUACGAGCUGGCGCGAUGGGCCGGGGCUGCGUGGGAGGAGGUAGGGCGCGACGCGUGUGCGUGCUGGGCGGCGCUGGAGGCGGCGGCGGCGCGCAGCGCGGAGCGCGAGGCGCGGCCCGCGCGGCUGUCGGGGCGGAUGCGGCGGAGCGGGACGGAGCUGUGGGCGCGGCGCGUGGAGGGCGGCGGCAGCGCGCGGCCGGCGGCGGCGGACGCGCCGGCGGCGGCGCGCGAGGCGGGCGCGACGGCACGGGGGCUCUUCGGCGGCUACGGGUUCAGCCUGUUCGGGUUCAGCGCGCGGCAGCGCGCGGUGCUGGAGCGCGUGCUGGGGCUGCACGACGGCGCGAGCUGCGAGUACCCGGGCGUGUGCGAGGGCGCGCGCGCGGUGUACCUGUGCCCGAGCGAGCUGGCGGUGGACCGGCUGCCGGCGGGCGUGGAGUGGACUACGGAGUUCUACGUGGAGCGCUGUCUGCACUACCGCGAGCUGCUGCCGGCGGACCCGUGGGCACGGCCGUUCUACACGGCGUUCCGCGCGCAGCCGGCCGCGGCGCUGCUGCGCGGGCACGCGCAGCUGACGGUGCACAUGACCGGGUUCCAGGGCGUGGAGCUGCUGCACAUGAACAAGUUGCUGGGACACCUCGAGCGGAUGGGCGUGCAGAACACGCCGACGCUGACGCCCAAGACGGACGUGCUGCUGGUCAACCUGGCCCAGCUCAACUCGAUCCCCGAGGAGCACACGCUCCGGCAGAACAAAUAUGCCGCCAUGUUCGCAAUGCGGCGCGAGCACAACCAGGUGUUCCGCGAUGUGAUGAAGCGCAAAAUCGAGUUUGCCAACAGGCACUCGAUCCCGCUGGUUACGCCGGGCUUUUUGCUCGAACUAUUCGGGCGUGCAGCCCGCGCGAAGCGCGACCGCACAUCCGGCAAGCUGUACCUCAACGACAGCAAUUGGUGCAUUGUUAGUCCGCGCGGCGCACGUGAAGAUUACCUAAUAACCCUCGAUGUGUCGGAGCCCGCGCUCCCCUCCCCCUCGCGUGCCCAUGUGGACGUCGCUGCAAUUAAGCUUCUGAAGGGGGAUGGCAAGACGCCGGCCAAGGAGUCCGGUCGCAAGGCUAUGCGCCAGGCGACGGCGCGGCCGCGUUUGGCGCCGCCGUCGCCGACCCCCGCCGAAACUCACCCCGCGAAACGGCAGAAGCUCGCAGAUCUAGAGCCUUUGAAACGCUCCGCGAGCUGGGGUAGCAUUAUGGCUGCGGAUAGCGCGGAGCCAGAGCGCUCUGCGAGCUCACCCGAGAGGGCGUCGGCGACAGAUGACGAAGAGAACUACACGCAGGUAACCUAUGGCACUAGUGACACCAAGUCUGAGCACGAGAAGCCUGCGGGUCGCCGAAAAACCCGGCAGUCAUAUAAGGAUCUUUUGUAA